CGUCAAGUGCCACAUUAAUCAAUUCAGGAUUCAGCAAAAAAUAAAAAAAAGCAAGAGAAGCAUUUGACAGAUUGACAUGAGCUUCGAGGGUCUGGAUCGUCUCUUAGUCGGCUCAGUGCCGACAGCUUGUGCAAAUCUCACCAACCAUUUGAAUCAGUCUUUUGAUUCAGAUGCUUGUGCAAAGAGCUUUUUCGAGUUUUUGCCUCGACUUUGUCAGAUCCUCUUCGGUUCUAAAGAAUCGCGUGGCUGGCUACAUUUACCAUUAUCCAAGGCAGAGGAAGAUCCACUGUAUGAGCUGAUUCGUCCCAGAGGAAUCCUAAUGCGGUUUUUGCUCAGUCGGUACACAGACACGACUUUUAUAUACGAAAUGGUGCCAGAUUCAUUACCAAAACGGACACAGUCAAAGCUGGACCCAACCCAAUACCUCACCCUUCCUCCAAUCUACCUUUCUCGCGUCAACUUGGUGAAGACUGUUGCACCCGUUGGUACUCAAAAGACAAUGGCACAAAUCACCAAAGUCAAUCUAAACUUCAACAUGCUGGAGUACUUUUUAUUUUACUUUGCAUAUGCAUUGACUUUGGAUGACGACGACACACAAGGCCGUGGAUUACGCAGGACGGAUCCUAAGCUGGCUUUUAAGAUCAGUGGACCUGCGCCUAGUGCUACACAAGCAGGUUCAUCACGAGCAUCAGAUUGGACAUCAGGAAAUGCACCAAAGCAGCCUACCUCACGCGUACUCGUCGACGGAUCAUUCUUCAACUUAUUCCAUCAAUAUCUUCAUUACUUCAUCCCAGCGCCAGAGCGACCCAAGGAUGCAUCUGCUGGCGCUUCGAAUUCCACUUCUGUACAGCGAUCAUUAAAUGUUUUUAACGACCAGGCUAUUGAGAAUUCUUUGGACAGAAAUCAGACGCAGCUAUCGCUAUCAGAAUUCUUUAUUGGAACACUAGUAGAACUUUGGCUUGGCCAGAACGAUAAAAAUGCGGACAACAGAACAAUUCGAUAUGUGCAACCGGGGGCAGAUAUUGCAGAGUGUAUCACAGUGUUAAUUUCUCAUCUGUAUGCGCAUGAUGUCUCACCGUACGUCCUUGGUGGUGACUUGAUGCCAAGUCAUGUAAUCGAUUCUACCGGAAAAUCAGUCUUGAACUUGGCAGGAAUGGCGAGAAGAAGCACCUAUCAAUAUCUUCGACCUCAACUGUUUACGUUCUUGAAGCUGGGCCUUCAAUUCUGGCCCCUGGAUAACACAUUCCCAAGCUUAAUCAACACAUGGAUGAUCUGGAUCACGCCUUGGCGAUACGGUCGACGCGAUCCAUCGGUUUCAGGAGAUAUUGUAUCUGAAAAAUGGCAACCAUUCAUCUUUGACAACCUAUUGUUUUACACGGAAUUUUUAGAACUCUAUAUGCCUCGACUUUCACAUGCACCUCAAACCAGUCGUUCACUUACAGUACCAGCACCAAUGACAUUGAAGAUGGAGUUACGAUCGAUUCAAAGGGUUAUGAAGGUGUACAAGGCAGAGAAUCUCAAAGAGAUCCUCAAAGUGGCUGAACAGGCGAUUGUGUGGCCAGAGAAUUUUUCGGAUUCGUCCUAUGCUCUGUUUGAGUCGCUUACAGAAGGAGGGGGGCUUGCCGCUGCAGCAACGGCAAGACCAGAUGUCACAUCAACGUUCCUUGCGUCAAUGGUCAAUGCAUUGCAAAGACAGUUGCAACAGCUUGAAGGACAUCAGUUCAAGUAUGAGGCGCUUUUCUUGGUAGAAGGAACUGCUCGAAGCAAGAUUCGAAUGCUCCUGACGAAACUUGGCAAUGCAGUUGACAUUCGUCAAGAGCGACUUGCAGCCUUAGAAGCGAAGAACAAAUCAGGAUCAGAGCAGGGUACGGGUUUGAGUGCCAUUUCAUCAAUGAUCAGCAGCAUGUUUGCACAACCAGCCCCCAAGACUGCUUUACAAGACCCAGUUGUAUAUAUGAGCGAAUUAAAGGGGCUGAGAGAGACAAUGGCACUUGUGGGCGAAGUAUUUGACCUCUAUCCUAGUGUGGUGACAUCGUUUGAGAAGCAACAUCAAACAACACAUGAGAAUGGAAGCACGCUGUCAGAUGAGCAAUUACAGGCGCUGAUCCUCCCAUUAGAAGAAUCUGAUUCUGAUGGUCUGCUCAAUCCAGAGAAACAACGUAAAUAUGUGCCCCGCGGCUUGGUCAAGCGACCUAUUGACGAUGUGAAGGCCAGAGGAACACGCGCUGAGCAGCUGGUAUUGACAUAUGAGAGCGAAUAUCUUGUCAAGCUGACCCGGCGAGCAGAACGCUAUCUUACUCCAAAGUGGCAAAAAACAAUCAAAUCGAUUCAUCGAUGGAUUCCAUUACCACAAAAGGUAGUGUCGAGUAAGGUGCACCUGAGGUGGUUGGCAGCUAUCCCUAAUUUGGCCGCACUGUUGAUGGUAGUACUUGCGAUUGUGCUGGCUGCAUUCAUCUCGUCUUAUCUCGCUUCAAGCCAUAGUGCACCACGGGUUCAAAAUCAAUAUCAGCAGCGCUAUCACAAUCAACAGCAUCACCAUCAUCAACAACAUCACCACCAGCACCUACACAAUCUACCCAAGGGGCAUGGUCAUAAAAGUCAUGACCAUCAUCAUUAUCCUCAUCAUCAUAAUAACAAGCCGCAACCUGAUUACGAUCCUCAUGUGCAAGCCGUGUAUAGGUGGGAGAAACCAGGCCAAAAGGUGGCUACCACAGCAGUGCGGCAUCAUUUCACUCGUCCAGCGGAGCCGCGAUACACAAUUGAUCUGCCAGAGAUCUGAGUGGAUUCUUUUUCAAGGAGGAAGAAAUUGAAAAAGUAGAUGUGUUUCUGCUAAGUUGCAACCCCUGAACGACAAGAACAUGGCCAAUAAACAAAUGAACGGAAUGAGAACAUCACGUCAUAGACGAUUGACAAACUGCUGUCAAAUGCAAUUAGGAUUUAGGCUCAUCAUUUUAAUAUUAUAAAUCC